AAUUCCAUUGGUCUGUCAUAGCACAGCACUGACGUCUCCUCCACAUGAGCAAUCUUCUGCCAAAAAGAUCCAACCUUUAAAGUUGAUUGAGAAAUUUCUCAAUUAUUACAAACUUCGAAGGUCAAAACCCGAUUGAUUUCGAUUAUUCAGAAACCCUUCAAAGUUUCUCAGGGUUUAAAUAAUUUUGAUCUUUUGAAGCUUUUCUGUAUUAUAAUUGUUGCUGACAAAAUCAAGAAUGUUUACCCGAAUGUUUGGAAAACCUAAACAAGAAACAAAUGCUCUAGCUACGCUAGACAAGUUAAACGAGACUCUUGAGAUGCUUGAGAAAAAGGAGAAGGUUUUACUGAAGAAGGCUGCAGCUGAGGUUGAAAAAGCAAAGGAAUUUACUAGAGCAAAAAACAAAAGGGCUGCAAUACAAUGUUUGAAAAGGAAAAGGCUUUACGAGCAGCAAAUCGAGCAGCUCGGAAACUUCCAAUUGCGUAUUCAUGAUCAGAUGAUAAUGUUAGAAGGUGCAAAAGCCACAACAGAGACUGUUGAUGCUUUAAGAACUGGAGCAGCUGCAAUGAAAGCUAUGCAAAAGGCAACGAAUAUUGACGACGUCGACAAAACAAUGGAUGAGAUCAAUGAGCAGACUGAGAAUAUGAAAUUGAUUCAGGAAGCAUUGUCAACACCAAUUGGUUCAGCUGCUGAUUUUGAUGAAGAUGAAUUGGAGGCAGAACUUGAAGAACUAGAGGGGGCUGAAUUAGAGGAACAGCUCCUUCAGCCUGCUACAACUGCUCCUGUUGCGCCAAUUAAUCUACCUGCUGGCAGGCAACAAGUGCGUCCUGCUGCUCAGAAGACAGAAGAAGAUGAGCUUGCUGCUUUGCAGGCUGAAAUGGCUCUUUAAACAGUUCUUGUUGCCUCCCACGAGACAGCGUAAAGGCUUGAUGUAUUCUUAUGGUGGAUGGAUAUACCUUUGGAGCUUUGAAUUCUUAAAGAUGCAUGCAGGAUCAGAAGUUACUGUAUAAAUGACAGCAGAUGAUGAGUUUACAUUCUGUGUGGAGUUGAAAGUGGGAAAAUUGUAUGCUAAUUUCGUGUGAAUUAUUAAGAAAAAAGAUGUUCUAAGAUAUACUUUUAAAUGAAUUUUCAAGACUUCUGUUGUUUACAUUAUUAUGAUCAGAAAAAACCUUCUAUAUAUACAACUUACAAGCACUUAAAUUCA